AUGGAGCUUGGUCACAACCGCUUGUCAAUCAAUACAAGCAAUAGUUCUUCGAGCUCAUAUUCGUUUCAACAGCUAACCAGGUUAAACUUAGCUUCCUGCAACCUACAAAGUUUUCCUGACCUGAGCAGCCAAUCAAAAAUGUCCUUUUUAGACCUUUCAGACAACAAAAUUAAUGGGGAAAUACCUAAUUGGAUUUGGAAAGUUGGACGUGGAAGCCUUGUUCAUUUAAAUCUUUCUCACAAUCUCCUACGAGAUCUGCAAACACCUUACAACAUUUCCAGUAUUUUGAUUUUAGACAUUCAUAGCAACCAGCUCCAGGGUGAUCUGCCGAUCCCUUCACCAUCAGCUAUCUAUAUAGAUUACUCGGGGAAUAAAUUCAAUAGCUCCAUUCCAGUUGAUAUUGGCAAGAGUGUUUUGAGUUCUUCUUUCUUCUCUCUUUCAAAUAAUAAUCUAAGGGGAGCUAUACCUGAAUCCAUAUGCAAUGCCAGUUACCUUCAAGUUCUUGACUUGUCCAACAAUUUCUUGAGCGGAACGAUACCAAACUGUCUACUAUCAAUUAAUAGUCAGACUCUUGGGGUACUGAAUCUAGGAAGAAACAUCCUCAGCGGCACCAUUCCUGGUACAUUUUCUCCCAGUUGUGGUCUAAGAACUCUAGACUUCAGUAGGAAUAAUUUAUCAGGACAGAUUCCAGGAUCCCUGGCCAACUGCAAAUUGUUAGAAGUCUUGAAUAUUGGAAACAACUACAUUGAAGACAAAUUUCCAUGCAUGUUGAAAAAUUCAUCCAACUUGCAUGUCCUUGUUCUGCGAUCCAACAAAUUCCAUGGAGGUAUUCGGUGUUUUCCUGGGGCAAGUAACAGCUGGCGAAAUCUUCAAAUCAUUGAUAUUGCUUCUAACAAUUUCAGUGGAAAUUUAUACCCAAAAUGCUUCUUAAGUUGGAGAGGAAUGAUGCUCGGCAAUGAUGGUGAAUUUGAUCACAACCACCUGAGGUUUGACUUUCUGAAUCUGAGCAACUUUUACUAUCAGGACACUGUGACAGCAACCAUUAAAGGGUUAGAACUGGAGUUUGUGAAAAUUCUCAGAGUUCUUACUGUCCUUGAUUUCUCAAGCAAUAAUUUUCAAGGAGAGAUACCAGACACUGUUGGGAAUCUAAGUUCUCUUUACAUUCUCAACUUUUCAAAUAAUGCUCUCACGGGCCAAAUCCCAAAAUCAAUUGGAUAUCUCACACAGCUUGGAUCACUGGACCUCUCAAAUAAUCAGCUAACUGGAGAAAUACCGGAAGAGUUCACAAGCCUAACAUUCCUUUCAUUCUUGAAUCUGUCCCGCAAUAUGUUGUUUGGGAAGAUCCCCCAGGAUCGUCAGUUUCAGACUUUUUCAGAAGUCUCCUAUGAAGGAAAUACGGGACUGUGCGGGUUUCCAUUGGAGAGGAAAUGUGAGGGCGUCUCACUCCCAAGUCCUGAGGACAUGAACAAUGUGAAGACAGAUAUCAAUUGGAAUUAUGUAUGGCUGCACUGGGAUAUAGCGUGGGACUUGGAAUGACUGUAUGGUUAAACUUUUUGUUUGUUUGGUGAUUUAGGUUCCUUUUGGGGGUGUUUGAUAAUAAAUUAUG